CCGGGUUUCAGUUGUUGGCAUCCAUGGCUCGGGUCAGUGAUGUUUGCUGUUUGCUUCUACUUCUACUUCUUGAGUUCGGGCUCACCAUAUUUGGCUCAAGAGUCCAGAGUCCUUGUUGUUUGCGAUUUUUGUAAGCACUUCCAUCCGCCACUUGCCAUGAAGGCGGCGGUCUCCGCCACUUUCAGGGCGCUCCUUGUGGCCUUCCUUUGGGCACCCUGUUCGGCCCUUCGUUCUGACAAGUUCACCAUCCGCGACUUUGAGAAUGAGACAGUGGAGGGGUUGAACCCUCCAAGUCGCUUGGGUCAUCAUGUGAGUCGCAUUGCUUCAAGAACCGUCCAAUCAGGCUUAAGAAAUGCCAAGCCGACCAAUGCUUUGAAGGGGUUCCAGUUCCGCGGCAAGCCCGGUGGUGCACUCAAUGGAUUUGCCAAACCGCCUGGCUAUGCAUUCAGGGGAUUUGGCCCAAACCAGUUCGGCGGCGGGGGCCUGGCUCGAGGACUUGGUUCUGGCUUUGGACAUGGCCAAUUCGGCGGAAUGACCAACCAAUUCGGCCGAAUGCCCGGAAUGCCCGGCGGCGCCAAGCGUUUUGCUUCAGGCAAUGCGCAGGUGCUGACCAAGAAUGUGCACACACUGGGGUUCCAAAACCUGAACAGCCUGACGGGCAACAUGCAGCAACAGAUCGUGAAUGCCGUGACCCGCGCCGCCGAGCUGCCCACGUCGGAGAUCGCCCAGUCGAUCCGGAGCUCCGCGUGGCACAUUUGGCAAGGCGCUCUCCACAAUGAUGUGCAUGUGCUGGUGACGCGCAGCGAAGUGGGGAUUGGAAGAGCCGCGAAGGACUUCGUGGGCAGGUUCAAGAUCCAGAAGGGAGGCAAGGAUCUGUAUGUGACCAUUCUCAAGCGGAGCGAGUUUGCGCCGCCCUUCAAGGUGAAUGUCAACUAUGGGGUUGGCCAGUCGGACAGAGUGUUGCUACGCUCCUUUGGUCAGGGCUUACGAUAUGUCCGGAACAUCUUUCAACGAGACAGUUUGGUCUACAUGAGAAAGCUCGUGGGUGAAGCGGUGGGCUCGGGACUGUCGGAGUCCGGCAUGGCCAAGCAACUGGAGAGUGCCAUCCAGCAGAAAUGGGGCAGGGGUUGGAACAUCGUGGUGUCCAAAACCGAGAUGCAGGUGGCCGCGAAUGUCAAUGACAUCAUGGCGAAAUUCAAGGUGAACGACAUCUUCGUCACCAUCCUGCGUCAAAUGGUCUGAGCGAAGCCUCGCUGGGCGGAUCCCGGAUCGCACCGAACGAAGCUUCGCAACGAAAGCCGCUCCGUGAACCGAUGUGCCGGGAGAAGCCACGAGCGACAUGACGUGCUUGGUCACCGCCCCUGCUUGGUCACCGCCCAUCAGCUUACGUGGAACACAGUCAGACAGUAACCUGCAGUGGUCACUUUGCGAAAUCCUGCGUCAGAACCAUUCCGGAAAUUCCAUGGCGUAUUCAGGUUU